AACUGGCAUUUGUAGCAGAUUUAUAUCUGCUCAGAGAAUGCCAUAUGAAAGAAUGCACCACACACAACUGCAUCAGACGACAACCGGUAACGGUAUGAUGGACUCGUUAAGCCUGCAAUUACGAGAUGCGGAAACGCGUCGUGCGGAAAUCGAGAGAGCACAUCAGGAAACCUUGGCACAAAUUCGCACUCUCAGCUCCUCGGGCAGUCGUCAGGACAUAGAAGCCAUAGAAAAUUUACAAUCUCGUGCCAGAGAAUUGGAGAAAAAGGCUGCUUUGGAAAAUGUCCGCUGCGAAGAAUUACAAAUUGAGUUAUCCGCUGCCAUGAAAACAAAAUCUGCCCAUAUGCGCAACAUGUCCGAUAUGCGUUCGACAAUUGGCGUCUCGUCGAGUGGCCCACCAGUAUCAUCGGGCACCACCACAUCGGUUACCUGGGCGCCAACGAUCGGUCGCGAGGAUCAGGGUUCAGAGAUCGAUAUCAUAAUGGCUAAAAUUGAACAGGAUAAUCGAGUUUUGGCCGAACUAGAACAUCCCCGGACAUCAGCAGCAUUAUCAGCCAUGCCAUCAAGUUCCAUAUUGAAUACAAAUAGCGAAUUUAAAACCAUAUCAAAAACAGAACUUGAAGAAGAACUGAAUCGUUAUAAGCGAGCUGUAUUGGGUGGUACGACCGGUGUAACGGCUGGGACCAUUGGCAGUGGUGCUCUAACAGGCUAUUCAUCGGCCCUUACCUCAAGUCUACCCAAUGGCAGCAGUGCUCCCGGCGGUGUUGUAUCCAGCCUAUCGGCGACUACCGCACACGCUCCGGGCACAGGUCUAACAUCCAUAUCGGCUUUAGUGCCAAACUCAAUCGGUGGCAUUUCCUCGAGCAUGAGCAGUCAUGCCAUAACCGCUGCAGCAGCAUCUGCGGCAUAUGGUGGCGGGCAUGCGGGUACAUCGGCGGUGGACAAGCUGUUAAGUGGAACAAGUGGAAUCACUGGCAUUCCACCAUUGCCGGUAAAUAUUCAUACGAUGAAGUCUAUGCCAUCAGCAUUAAGUCAGAGCACAACUAUGCCUAUCCUCUCGCUGAACUCGCAUAAUUUACCCACGGGCACGAACAGUUACUCAGCCCUUGGGCUGAGUGGUACCGGUCCCACACCUGGCCUACCACCAUUGGGCGCCUCUCUAACACAUCCCUCAAUCCCGGGACUGGAUACAAGCGCUCUACUCGGCACCAGCGGUCUAACCGGAUUGGGUACCGGUCUUGCCGGCACAUCAUCGCUUUAUGGCCUCGGCAGUGGUGUUAGUGGGUUGGCACCCGGAUUGCAGAACACUUUUGGUCCACCGCCUUCAUUUCUCGACGUGGCCUCGUCCGCAUCAUAUCCCUUCACAUCGGCUGCCCUGCGCAAUGCUACCAAAAUGAAAAUGUUGGAAGAGAUCGAUAUACCGUUGACACGUUACGGAAAUCGUAGUUCGCCUUGCUCACCGAUACCACCUAAUACCUGGGGCUUGGAUGAAUUCCAGGACAGUUUGAUGCACAGUCGAAGUGGUUUAGCUUUAGCGCCAUUGGAUUUAGAAACUCGCAAUCAUAAUUUGAACAAUGGCAUCAGUGAACCUCAAGUGGAUAUGUUAGAUAUACCUGGCAAAGGACGUUGUUGUGUAUUUAUAGCACGUUUUCCUUACGAUCCACCAGAGUAA